ACAUUCAAACGACGAACGAGCAGGUGGUACGUUCCGCUAGGGUUUCUCUGUCACCUUCCUCCCUCGCAGGGAAAAUGGCACGGGUUUAUGUUGGCAACCUGGAUUCUUGUGUUACCGAACAUGAUCUCGAGGAUGAGUUUUGCGCGUUUGGAAUUAUAAGAAGUAUGUGGGUUGCACGAAGACCAUCGGGAUAUGCUUUUAUUGAUUUUGAUGACCAUAGGGAUGCACAAGAUGCAAUCCGUGAGCUAAAUGAGGUAGCAUUUGAUGAUUCUGAAUGGCAAAAGGCAUUUCACUUGAUCAAAUAGGUAAAGAUGGAUGGAGAGUUGAGCUCUCUCAUAACUCUAGUGGUGGACGUGGUGGUCGAUC